AUGCAAAACAAGAACCCUCCUCUGAAAAAGCAGCGAACAGAAGAAUCCUUUAACCUUGAGGAGAUGGAAGGAAAAAGAGAGAAUUUUGAAAGUAGCCUAAAUUGUGUAGAUAAAAAGGAUGAUAACAAGAUAGAUGCAGAUUUGUAUUCAAGACAGCUAGGAACAUACGGGUUCGAGUUAAUGAAUAAGCUGAUAGAAUUAAAUAUAUUAAUAAUUAAUGUGAAGAGUGUUGGAUUAGAAUGUGCAAAGAAUUUGAUUUUGUCAGGACCUAAAUCCGUUUGUAUAUAUGAUAAUGAUAUAUGUGAAGUAGGAGAUAUUGGUGUAAAUUUUUAUAUUAAUGAAGAAGAUGUGGUGAAUAAAAUUCCUCGUAGUGAUGCAGUACUACAAAAGUUACAAGAACUAAAUAAUUAUGUACAUAUAUAUAAUUAUAAAGGAAAUAUAAAUAAAGAAUUUCUGGAAUCAUUUGAUGUUGUGGUAUGUUGUGACAUGAGUAAUACAGAUAUAGUGAAGGUUAACAAUUUAGUUAGAAGUGUAGAGGAACCCAAAAAAAUCGCAUUCUUAUGUUGCAAUAUUUAUGGUUUGUGUGGUUACAUCUUUGUAGAUUUUAAUAAAGGUUUUAUUUGUUAUGAUAAAGAUGGAGAAAACGAAAAAUCAUGCAAUAUUAGUAAAAUAAGUAAAGCAAGUGAAGGAGUAGUUUCAUUUGAUUUUGAUAAAAGUGUACCUUUUCAAAAUGGAGAUUAUGUUAAGUUUACAAAUGUAGAAGGAAUGACAGAAAUUAAUCAUAAAAUUUUUAAAAUAAAAAAUUUAAAAAAAUAUACAUUUACCAUUGGAGAUACAUCUCAGUUUAGUGAUUAUAUAAAAGGAGGACAAUGUACACAUGUGAAGACACAUAUAAAAAUGGAUUUUCAGCCAUAUGAAUAUGUGAAGAAGAACCCAAUUGCAUCUGUUGAUGAUAAAGUGGAAUCAGAUACCCAAAUGGAGAAGGAAAAUUGCUAUAAUGGAAUCUCAGAUAGCCAAACAGUUUAUGAAAAAUUGCAUAAACCAAGUUCUUUUCUAAUAUCAGAUUAUUCCAAAUUGGACAUGAGCAAUCAAUUACAUUAUGCAAUUCAAGCAUUGAAAAUAUUCCAAGUGGAAAAUGGAAAUGUAUUACCUGAAAAUGACGAGAAGGAGGCAUUUGAAAAAAUUUACAAAAUUGCAACACAACUGAAUGAAGAAGAUAAACAAGCAAAAAAAAGCUAUGCCAUUGAGGAAGUAAAAAAAGACAUUGUUUUAAAAGUAGCUAAAUAUUGUAGAUCUCAUUUGGCUCCAGUUGCAUCAUUUUUUGGAGGUUUGCUGGCACAAGAAGUUAUCAAAUUUACAGGGAAAUACAUGCCCAUAUAUCAGUUGCUGUACAUGGAUUUUUUCGAAUGUCUCUCGUUAAAUGAAGAGGGGAAUGGCAAUCAGUACAACUGUGAUGGUGAGAAAACUUCAAACAAAACUUCAAACGAGGAAGAUAUAAAAAAAAUGAACUGCAAAAAUGAUAACGUAAUUACAGUUUUUGGAAGAUCCUUUCAGAAGAAGCUGAACGAGUUGAAUGUGUUUCUUGUAGGAUCAGGUGCACUCGGAUGUGAAUAUGCCAAAUUAUUUUCCCUUUUGGACAUGUGUGAAUCGAAUGCACAUGGUAAAUUAACGAUUACAGAUAAUGACAGUAUAGAAGUUUCUAACUUGAAUCGUCAAUUUUUGUUUAGAAGAGAAAAUGUAGGGAAAUCAAAAUCUCUAGUUGCAUCUGAGAUUAUAAAAAGAAAAAAUAAAAACAUGAAUGUACAAUCCUUAGAAACAAAAGUAGGACUAGAAAAUGAACACAUAUUUGAUGACAAUUUCUGGAAUAAGCAGAACGUAAUAGUUAAUGCAUUAGAUAAUAUCCAAGCAAGACAAUAUGUAGACAACAAAUGUGUAUGGUUUUGUAAACCACUGUUCGAGUCUGGAACAUUAGGCACGAAAGGUAAUGUACAAAUUAUUAUCCCUUUUUUGACACAAUCAUACAACGACAGUUAUGAUCCACCUGAAGAUUCGAUCCCAUUAUGCACACUGAAACAUUUUCCAUAUGACAUUGUGCAUACAAUAGAAUAUGCGAGAGAUAUAUUUCAAGGAUUAUUUUAUAACACUCCAGUUAGUAUAGAACAAUUUUUAAAUGAUAAAAAUGAAUAUGUAAAAAAAAUAGAAGAAGAAGGAAAUAAUGCAUCUUUAUUAGAAACUCUUCAAAAUGUUUUGAACAUAUUGAAAGAAGUUUCAGAAGAAUGUAAUUUUAAAUUUUGUAUAAAAAAAGCAGUAGAUCUUUUUUACACAAAUUUCGUUAAUCAAAUUAAUCAGUUGUUAUAUUCAUUUCCUCGUGAUUAUAAAUUAUCAAGUGGUGAAUUUUUUUGGGUGGGACAAAAAAAAUUUCCUCAAGUCAUUGAUUUUGACAUAAAUAAUGAAUAUGUAAAAGAAUUUCUAUUUUGUACAUCUAAUUUGUUUGCACAAGUGUAUAACAUUCCCAUGUGUUCUGAUUUAAAUUAUAUCUUAGAUGUGGCUAGCCAAAUUGAGGUGAAACCAUUUGAACCGAAAAAAGUUAAAGUAAAUAUGGAUGAAAAAAAUCUAAAUAAUAUUUCCAUAUCCUUUGUAGAUGAUGAAAAAAUGAUAGAAGACUUUUGUAAAGAAUUGCUAAAAAUAAAUACUGAUAAUAUUAAAGUUACACCAAUCGAAUUUGAUAAAGAUGAAAAAAGUAGUAUUCAUGUGAAUUUUAUUUACGCUUUUGCAAAUCUUAGAGCUAUCAAUUAUAAAAUCGAUACUUGUGAUAAGUUGAAAGCAAAAAUUGUCGCAGGGAAAAUUAUUCCUGCAUUAGCUACUACUACAUCUAUCAUUACAGGUUUGGUAGGUAUCGAGUUAUUAAAGUAUGUGAAUUAUAGUAAUUACAUUCAAAAAUAUGUCAAGUCAUCACAGAAUGAAAGAAAACAAAUGAAAGACAUUUUGUCCUAUUUUAAAAAUGCAUUUAUCAAUUCAGCUCUUCCUAUGUUUCUCUUCUCCGAACCAAUGCCACCUAUCAAAAUAUGCGACAAGGAAUAUGAUGAGCUUAUGAAGGGACCCAUAAAAGCUAUACCCAAUGGAUUUACAUCAUGGGACAAGAUUGAAAUUUCCAUAAAAAAUGGAACCAUCAAGAAUCUAAUAGACUACCUAAACGAACAGUUUUCCAUUGAAGUUAAUUUGAUAUCCGUUGGAAACGCGUGCUUGUACAACUGUUAUCUGCCAGUACACAAUAAGGAGAGACUUAACAAACCCAUUCAUGAACUUUACAUGCAAAUCACAAAACAAACAUUACUUGGUGACAAGAACUAUAUUGUGGUAGAGGCAAGUUGUAGUAAUCAAGAUAUGGUAGAUGUGCUCAUACCCUCUAUAAAAUUCAUAUAUAAAUGA